AGAUUGCCCAUCAUGGCUGUUUCUGAUUUCUUGGACCUAGAUGUGGUAGAACAGCAUCUUGAUCUGCUUGAUUCUGAGCAAUUGAAGCUGUUGUAUGCCGAGCACUUGCCGGAUUCCAUAGCCAAAAACCCGUCAAAGACAGCCAUACUCGAUGUGCUCCGAAGCGGAUUCUACCAACAGUCAGAGCAAAAGUUGAGCAAACUGUUAAGCAGCGGAAACGGUGCUGGAUAUUUGUUGGCACAGAGCUUGAAGUUCGAAUAUAAGGGUGAAGGAAUAGAUGCUUUCUUAGCUGGAGUGAGAGAAUUGGCCCAGAAGGAAAAGGAGAAGGAGAGUGAACAGGAUGAAGAGAAGAAGGAUGUAGACAUGGAGGAAUAG